GCAUUCCACUCGCCUCGCAUCGUUUCGCAUCUCGUUCGCUGGCCUCCAUUGACUUCGAUUCGAGCCCCGCCUUCGCUUCUUGAGAAACUCGCCUCCGUGUCACUCAUCCCUGCUUCAACCAACCAAUUCUGAAUUUGUCGGUCCACUGGAAUUCGCGUUUCCGAGGAUUCAUCUCGACGAUCGCCAUCACGGAUCAACCGCCAUCCAGUGCAGCCAGCGGACUCAGCCAUCGCCGCGAGUGGAACCCACAGCAAUUGAUCAUCGCGCAACAGCGGGCAAUCACCAAGUUCUAGUGGCAGUCUCACCGCGACUCAUCCCCAACGUUUGACUGGAAGCGCGCGUCGGCAUCGCCAUCAUGGCGCCCGUGGUUCCGUGCCAGUCCCAGCCUCCCACCAUGGCCUACUCGUGUCCCGUCAUCUCCGCCACUAAAGCGGUGCCCGUCACCGUAGCGCCGCCGAAGGAGGAGGCGAAGCCGUCGGAGCCGGAGCCGAAUUUCCUGGAGUCGGUGGAUCUGUACUUCGACGCGGCGGCGGCGAUAUCGCACGUGUCGCCGGACAUUCUGGCGCAGAUCAAGGCGUGCAACAGCAUCAUCCGCGUGCAGUUUCCGCUCAAGCUGCCGGACGGCCGCGUGGAGCUGGUGGAGGGGUACCGCGCGCAGCACUCGCACCACCGCCUGCCCGUGAAGGGCGGCAUCCGCAUGUCGCUGACGGUGGACGCGGAGGAGACCAUGGCGCUCGCCGCGCUCAUGACCUUCAAGUGCGCGCUGCUCGACGUCCCCUUCGGCGGCGCCAAGGGCGGCAUCAAAAUCGAUCCGCGCAAGAUCUCGCCUGAAGCGAAGGAGGCGGUCAUCCGACGGUACACGUCGGAGCUGGUGAAGAAGAACUUCAUCGGACCGUCCAUCGACGUGCCCGCGCCUGACUACGGCACUGGCCCGCAGGAGAUGGCGUGGAUCAAGGACACAUACCAGAUGCUGAAGCCGGGCGACCUCAACACCUUCGCCUGCGUCACCGGCAAGCCGCUGCAUGAGGGCGGCAUCAGGGGGCGCACCCAGGCCACAGGGCAGGGCGUGUUUGUGUGCCUGAGGGAAUUCUUCAAGAGCGAGAAGUGGAUGGAGCGGCUGGGCAUGAGUGUGGGGAUCAAGAGCAAGACGUUCAUAGUGCAGGGGUACGGCAACGUGGGGCGGCACACGAUCGAGGCGAUAGUGGGGGCGGGCGGGCGCAUAGUGGCGCUGGCGGAGUGGAACGGGGGGCUGGUGGACGACACGGGCGCGGGGCUGGACAUGGCGGCGGUGGCGGCGCACCACGCGCGCACGGGCUCCAUUCUGCACUGUGUGGGCGCCACCACGCUGCUGGACAGCGCCGCCAUUCUGGAGCGGGAGUGCGACGUGCUCAUCCCGGCGGCGCUGGAGGGGCAGAUCACGGCAAGCAACGCGGGGCGCAUCCGCGCCAAGGUGGUGGCGGAGGCCGCCAACGGGCCCGUCACCGCCGCAGCAGAGAAGCGCCUGGCGGCGUGCGGCGUGGUGGUGCUGCCGGACCUGCUGGUGAACGCGGGCGGCGUGACGGUGUCGUACUUCGAGUGGCUCAAGAACCUGAACCACAUCCACUUCGGCCGCAUGAGCCGCCGCAUGGAGGAGCGCGGCAAGCAGCAGCUCGUCGACGCCCUCGAGCAGGAGAUGGCCGGCGGCAUGCGCUUCAGCCACACCACGCGCCAGUCCAUCGUGCGCGGCAACACGGAGGAGGACUUUGUGUGGUCGGGGCUGGAGGAGCACAUGAUCGAGGGGUGGGAGAACGUGGACCGCGUGGCCGAGGAGAGGGGCUGUUCCUUCCGGACGGCUGCAUACCUCAUUGCCAUCGAGCGCAUCGCACGCUCCUACAACGUCAGCGGCAUCUUUCCCUAAGGGGCGGUGCGCUCUGGCUUCUGCAGGGAUCUCUCCCCUGCCGAGUCCUUUCAGUUCUCUCUCUCCUGUGCUGCUCAUUACCACUCCUCUUCCCACCUGCACCUGCUGCGGCCUACUCUCUGCAAGUUUUGUCAAGACGCUUGCAUCUUCGCUCUGCUUCGCAAGGAUCAUGCACGCUCCUGUGUCUGCAGCAGACAGCAUGUCCCUCUGCCAUCAGCUGCCAUGCUCUCCCGUGCAUGUGUUGGAGCAUGCAUCAGUGGGCAUGGCACCCUGCCUGUACAGCAUCCAAUUUUGUCAGGGGUGGGGGAACUAAGGUUACUGCUCAGCAGUGACAGCUGCAUGCCCCCACCACCUCCCCUCAAUUUUGAACUGCUUAGUCCAUUUGUGCCUGGGAUUGGGUUGGUUGUGGCUAGCUGUGUGCUGCUGAAACAGCU